GGAUCUCAUUCCAAAACAUUCACAGUUACUGAGCAGCAGCAAUGACUGAGAUUUUAGAGGAGCGGCCUUUCGGCUCAAAUACCAACGUCUACUUAUCAAUUUUUGUCCUUUUUUGCUUUAAACUUUUUGUCAAGAUUAGCUUGAACAUACUGACUCACUUCUAUGUGGUUAAAGGAAAUCGUAAGGAAGCGGCACGGAUCGCAGCUGAGUUCUAUGAUUUUGGCCAAGGGCACAGAUCUUGGGCGGAUCGUUCUCCGCUCCAUGAAGCUGCAUGUCAAGGUCGACUUCUGGCACUGAAGACUCUUCUCUCACAGGGUUACAGUGCAAAUAUUGUCACCAUCGAUCAUGUGACUCCACUACAUGAAGCUUGUCUGGGAGAUCAUGUAGCCUGUGCCAGGGCACUCAUAGAUGCUGGUGCCAAUGUAAAUGCCACGACCAUUGAUGGUGUGACACCGCUGUUUAAUGCCUGCUCAGCAGGAAGUGUCUCCUGCACAGAAGUACUGUUGGAACAUGGAGCAAAACCACAGGGAGAAGUGUGCCAACCUUCGCCAAUUCAUGAGGCAACUAGCAAAGGCAGGGCGGCAUGUAUAGAUUCUCUCAUCUCAUGGGGAGCAGAUGUAGAUUUCGACAUCCCCCACCUGGGAACACCUCUCUACAUCGCCUGUGCUUCCCAGCAGCUCCAGUGUGCCCAGAAACUUCUGGAUGGAGGAGCCAAUGUGCAGAAAGGACGUUUUCUGGACACUCCCCUUCAUGCAGCAGCACAAAAAGACAGUCCAGAAAUUAUCAAGGUGCUACUGGAGUUUGGUGCUAGCAUUAAUGCUCGCAACCUAGAGUUACAAAAGCCAGUGGAAACAGCGCCACCCAGCAGUACAGCAGAGGCUGUACUACUUCUUUAUGAGGCCACACCACAGUCUCUAUGUCAGCUGUGUAGACUGAGUAUCCGAAACUACAUGGGCCGAUCCAGACUGCACUUGAUUCCUCACCUCAAACUGCCUACUCUGCUUAAGAGUUUCCUCCAAUACAGAUAGACUCUCUACCUCCCCCACAAAGCCCCAUCCACCCUUUUAUUUUCUUAUUUUAAGUGCAUUAAUAUACACAAAGGUCACCUGGUCUUGUUCGUGACCACCAACGCACAGACAACACUAUCACGGCAGCAAAUCAUUCAUUAAAAGAAUCUAAUAUUUUUUUUUGCGUAACUAAUCUACAUCAGUUAUUUUUCGUAAGAAUCUUCAUUAACAAAAUGAUUGUAAAUUAGUCACUUGUGACAUGCACGUCCUUAUGUUUAUAUCAAUAUAAACCGCAUGCCUAAUGUGAUGCAAAUUUAUCAUGUCAGAAAUUACUGGUCAAAGAAAAUAUAGUGAAUUUUCUAUUUUUUACCAAACUAAUGCUUUCAGUUUUUUCAACACUUUCAAAAGCUGCAAUCUGAACUGU